GCCGGAUGGUACACGAUGUCCUUGACGCGCACGAUCUGGAAUGUCUUUGGUUCCGCGUCGACUCCCAGGCGCCAUUCGCCUCCCUUGAUCUGGAUCGUUCGUGGGUUCAGUCUGCAGUGGAAAGUGGCAAGCGGACGCAACAAACACGAUAUAGCGACGAUGCCAACGUUCGUCGCUUGACGCCAGUUUAAGUUUUUCAAUUGAUUCCCGAUGUCCUGCUGCGUGUAACCGAAAUUUCUGGAUACUUGGACGAGAGCUCCAUCCCGUUGUGCCACAGUUUGACAGCACAAACAUAGAACAGAGGAAAAAACAAGUAAAAGAAUUCGUUUGCCGCCUGUUUGUGUCUCGGCUGCUGCUCGACCGCAAAACGACACUUUUCGCAGUGAAAUAAGUUCAUAACCGUGUAAAAAACACCCCAAAAGUGCUCUAACGAGUGCGCCGUACAGUUCCGUUUGUGGUUAGCGUGGAGUACAGACACAAUGGCCGAUGGCACGCCGGACGAUCUGUGGACACCGUACAAAUGUCUGCUGAACAACGUCGAAACCUAUCUGCUUCCAUCGACCGACCAGGCCGACACGACGCACGCCGUCGCGCUGGAAGCGUUGCUCCGCAAGCACAAGCAGAACUUUCUCUCGCUGCUGAAAAACCCGCCCAAGAACGGGAAAUGCCGGGAAGCGAUCAAACAGGGCAUCACCGAGGGCAUCACGCUGCCCGAGUUCGGUCACACCAUCCUGUCCAAAGAGCUGGUCGACGAGAGCAUCAUCCUGUCGGACAUGUUCGACAUGAACGAGUAUGUGGCGCUGGAGCUGCUGUGCACCUCGCAGCAGCAAACCAUCAACCAUCCGGGACUGACGCGCGGGCUGGUCGCGGUGCUGCUGUACUACGACGGGCGCAAGUCGCUCGUGGCCAGCCUGAAGCAGCUGCUCAAAUCGCGUGCCGGCGUGUCGUGGUGCACGGACGCGCCGCCGGAAGUGACACAGAUCGUGACCAACUACACCGACGGGCUGGUUGCGGACGGUUUGCUUGAGCGCAUCAUCGAUCUGCUGCAGGAGCUGGACAUCACCAAGGAGCUCGACAUACUGACGACGAACCGUGCGCUGGGGCCGCCGCGCCACCAUCGGCAGGUGCUGGAUUUGUUCGAGGAAAUCCGGCUGCUGCUGGCCCAGUGCAUCUACUACUACGCCGCCCAGUCCGGGUUGCCGAGGGGCGUGACGAUGAAGCUGGUACAGUUCCUGCGUGGGUACAAGUGCACGGAAUCGAGCGGCGGCAUCGACGACGUGACGGUCACGCUGCAGAUGGGCCUGCUGUACGCGUUGGAUUUGAGCGUACUGCAGCGGAGAGAGGACGGCGAGGAGCUGGUCCGCAAGCUGCCCAUGAUCAAGGACGAUCUGUACAUCGACUUCCUGAUGGACGCCCUGUCGAACAGCUGGGAAAACGAUGGUCUGCACGCGCUGACACUGUUCGCGUUUGGGCUGUCCAUUGCGACACUUCGACUAGCGCCGCAAACGCUCGUGCAGGAUGCUUCGAAAAUGAUCGACCAGGACGAGCUACUCGUGAACGGAGCGCUGCAGGGGAAGGUGUUCGACUUCCUGUACUACACCUUCCUCGACAGUGAACUCGUCUUCGACACGGAGUUCUUCUACCGCCGGCUGCACACGCUGUUUGCCGACUUUAUCGAACUGAUGCACUCCAAGGUGACGGAGCUGCGCGGCCGAGCGGACGAAACGGCCCGAACGGUGCAGGUCUACCAGCAGCAGGGCAUCGAGCCGCCAGCCAACCUGUGCAGAAACUUCGAAAUGCUGCUCCUCUCGGUCGGGAAGUUCUACGCCAACGAUCGGUUGCAUCUGAACCUCAGCAUGGAGUACUGGGGCCCAACCGAGUUCGCCCACGGCCUCCAGGGACACCGGGUGUCAUCUCGCUCGGUGUGCCUGUUCAAGUUCAUUCGGCUCGCGGGUGAACUGCUGCCACCGACGCUCUUCAUUCCCUACCUCAAGAUGCUGUCCGGGCUUAGCUGCAACGUGCAGGCCGCCCGGAGCGCGUUCAACCUGCUCAAGCAGGGCAGCGCCUACUCCGGCAGCAGCACCGUCUCGUGGGACCACUUUUUCAACUCGCUCAGCGAGUACUACUUCAACCUGCGCCAGGAGCAGAACCCACAGUCGGAAACGGUGUACCGCAAUCGUAUGAUCUGCAAAAGCAUCAGCCCGCAGGAAAUUCUCGGCCUGCAGGCUGUGCUGCAGGUGGUGCAAGCGGUCGCCAAACACGACGAGCUGUCUCGCAUCGCGCUGUGUGAAAGUGACAAAUGGGCGCCACUGAACGUGCUGGUUGGGCUGAUCAGCUGUUCCGUGCCCAUUCAACUGAAGGCGGAAAUCGUGCGCACCCUUGCGUCGCUGGCCGGGAGCUUAGAGAAUGCGAUCAAGCUGUGGCACAACCUGGAAGACUCGCAGAUCGUUAAUACGAUCCCAUCGACGAGCAACUUCAAAACGCGUGGCGUGAUUUCCGAGCUGGAAGAGGUUGAAAGUCGCAACGAAACGUUCCCACUCACGCAGGCCAUGCUCGAUCUGCUCGCCUCGCUCAUGAGGACCGCCAUUCCGGACGAUCUGGGUGAGGGAUCACGUGCGCCCGGCAUCCAUCCGUACCUUUCGUACGUGGUCAACACUGUGCUGCUGCGACUGUUUAGCCGUAACUACAAGGACGGUGCGGAAAAGUGGCAACUGGCACAGAAGUGUCUCCAAAUCGUGCACAUGUUUGUGAACGGCUUUAACUUUAACCCUGCCAACGCAAAUCAGAUGAGAGAGCUGAAGGAGGGCCGCACGCCACCGGCCUACCGGAUUAUGCUGCAGCUCAACACAAAGUCCGAUCUGCUGCGCUUCAUUCUGCACAUUAUCGAUGAGUCAAUCGUGUGCUUUGACUCGUACACACCGUUCCCCGGGAAGAGUUCCCUCGAGGCCGCAUCGCUGCUGUGUCUGCAGAUCAUUGAAAAGGCGCUGAACCUGCAGGAAGAUUUCUUCAACAUGCAUCUCAGCACACCGAGCCCGGUGAAUCUGAACGGCAUCAACAAGCUGCUGCUGGGGGUGAAUCCACGCAGCGGCACGGCCAACCACAUGCUGAACAUAAUGAAGCACAUCACGUACAGUACGUGGCUGCCAGGGAAUAGCCUGGUGGCGUUGCGUAUCCUUUCGAUCAUCAUGACGCUGCCGGACGUGAACCAGCUAAUACUCGGACUGGUGACCCAAACCGACGAGCUGAAGAACGAGAUACGGCAAGGCUUUGUGGAGUGUUUGGAGGCCGAUUUGAACGUAUCGGAGGAGGCGGAACCGUUGCCACUGUUGGAACAGCUGAACGAUACGGCCUGGGUGAUGGGCGUUGGACCGAUGGAGGACGAAGCAUCGUCCAAGAGCACCAACGAAACGUUCAUCACGACAAGCAUCAAAGGCGCGGUCAUACAGUUGAUUCAGGAGUGCUUGCAGCAGCCCGUCGUGCCGAACCUGGCCCACUAUCUGCUAGGGUUCGAUCUGGGGAAGGAUCUGCAUCUGACCAGCUUGCAGCAACCGGGCAUCAUGAACUUCCCGAGCCACUGUUCGAAAUCGCUCAUCACGCUGCUGGACAAACAUUUGGAGCAUUUACGAACCGGAAACGCACUGUCGACGAGCUACAACAAGCUGAUGGAGUACGCCUAUCGACUGCUGUACCAAAUUUGCCGCAACUAUCACACCUCGGAAGUGUUUCUGCGCUUUUUGCGCUCAUGCAACGAUUUCCUUUGCCGGCACACGACGUCAUUGCCCUUCCCGGAUGCGAAAAAUCCGUUCCUGCUGAACCAGAUGACCUUCCUGCUGAAAGCGAUCGUAAUCGAGCUGAAGCUGACCAGUGAGCGCAAUCAAGCGACGCAGUUCGAAACGAUUUGCAAAAUUCUGCUCAAAAUCAUCAACACUCCAACGGUCGAUCCGGUGACGUCUGGGCUGGGCGAUUACUACACCAACACGAACAUAAGCUUCGCGAUCAAUGCCACCGCCGACAUGUCGACGACAGCAAUCGCGGCCACGAAGGAAUCGAGCGAAACGGCCAAGCGACUGCUGUGCAUUCUGCUCGACUGUGUCGAUUUCACCAUCAAGCAGCUGGAGGAGCCGCAGUGGAACUACUUCAACGGCACGGUACUGCACGAGCUGCUGCAAAGCUGCGAAAUGCCCGUCACGCUCAAAGCUCGCAUGCGGCUGAUCGAUACGCGCAAGCUGCAGGACGUUCUGCGCGACGAGCUCGACUCGAUACAAUCGAUCGCAACUGGUCAGCGAGCGCACAUCGUGCAGGAAAUUAAGACGAUCCUGAAGUACGCGGUGGAUCUGAACACGCAGCGCAGCCUGUGCGCUUCGACGAUAAAGUUCCUGGAGGCGUGGGGCCAGGUGGCGGAGGUGCUGGUAUGCGUUACGCCCACCAUGAUCAUGUCCCUCGACACGAAGCAGAUCAUCAUCACGGAGAUACUGCAGAUAAUGCUGAGCAAGGCGGUGCCGAACCAAAUCAUCCCCGAGCUGGGCAACAUUGCGUCGUCCACCAUUUCGCUGCUGAUGGUGAAUUUGCGCAGCUGCUUCCUGCUCAAAUCGGAACAGAUGUCACUGCACAUGCUGUCCGAGCGGCAUCAGAAUGGCAGCAUGAACGGAACGAGUCUGCUUUCCACCGGUGGCAGGAAUGGUUUGAAUGGUGAAAUGAACAGCACCGCCCACCAGCGGCAGGAGGGCGCGUAUGUCUAUCUGGAACGUGCGAACGCGCUGAGCUUGAAGUUUAUUCUGAAAAACAUUCUCGACUGGCUGCUGAUCAGCAGCGACGGGUCGCCACAGUUGAAGAUGAACCUGUACGUCGCGCUGCUCAACUACAUGUACAUUAUCAAGGGCAAUCGGGACAGUCUCGAGCGAAGUGAGAAGCUUGACAGCGAUAAGGACGACGGUGGUUCGUUCCUGAACCGAACGAUUAGCAACGCGGGCCGCAAACCGUACGGCACGGAGACGGAGGACUACAAGCACCUGAACAUGAUAAUGGACAUAUUCAACUCGUUCGGGGACAGCUUGAUCGACGUGAUCUGCCAGGACUGUACGACCGGGCACGAUAUCUGCAAAAUGCUGGCCAUGUCCUGUCUCGAUAUGCUGCUGAGCAUGGAUGCUUCGAUCGAUAUAGUGGAGUUUAUCGCCCGGCACGGCUACCUAUCGCACAUCAUCAACAGUCUGCUGAAGAAGGAUGGCGACCUGUGCCACAUCCUGCAGACCAAUCCGAGCACGUUCCGCGCGCUGUACGUGUACGAGUCGAAGAUGGCUCUCUUGACGCGCCUCGCCCGCUGCCAGAUCGGUGCGCGAAUGCUGCUGGAAGAGCACAUCCUUGGAGUGCUCGGAAGCAUGAAGGUAUACGAUCUGCACCCCGAUGUGCAGAUCCUGAACAGUGGCAGCAUACAUCAGCAGUCGUACGCUUCGGCCAUGGCAGUGGCAGCUGCAGCAGCGUCCGCCUCAUUGUCGUCCUCGUUCAUCCCGCCGGUGGAAGCACGGUUCCAGCAGAUCCUGUUUCCCGCGCUGAACCUUUGCGAUGCGAUCCUGUCGACGCUGGGCCACGAGAACAACUCUGCACUGAGCCAGAUCAUUCACUUCUUCCUGUCGCAUAGCGAUAUGAUUGAAACAGUGUUGCGGGCGGGCUCGCCGAGCAUGAAUUUGGGGCUGCUGAAGGAGCUGGCCGGCAUCACGAACCUAAUCGCCCGGUCGGCGAAUCAGGAAAUUUACGAACUAACUGACCCGAACGCAAACCAAGCCUUCGGUAUGCAGCUGUACCGGAUGCAGAAGUUCAUGUUGGCGCUGCUGCCCCGCUUCAUCGUUUCGGAGCAAACGCUGAAGGAGCUGCACCAAAGCAGCAUGAUCGUGCAACCGUACGCGAGCGGUGGAAUGGGCAUUAGUAGCAGCGUAAACUACGGCGGCUCACUGAACAACAACCCGGCGGGAGGGAAUGACCAUAAGCAACGGUCGCAGCACGUGAAAUACUUCCUCGAGGUGGCCGCCAACCUUGCCCUGUACACACGCAACUGCAUUUCGAACCACGUGGUCGACCAUCGGACGAUAAAUGUACUGUUUUCGCCACACUACAACGCGGAUGGUACGACAGCUGGGGCAGGCGCGGCAACGCCCACCAAAACAAUCGGUUCUGGGGCUGGAUCGACCGCUUUGCUGCGUCAGGAUACGUACCGGUCGGCGACGGAAACAUCGUCGUCGGAUGUGCCGCACAGCUUGUACGUCGUGAUUACGCAGCUCCGGUGUACGGUGGAGUUCUACCAUAAGGAGCGAAACGUGCUGGAAAGCCUACAGCAACAGCGCAACUCACUGCCGAGUAUCGAUUUAGAUAAAAAUAUUCAAUUACAAUUUAAUCUGCUAACUGAGCGUGUAACGGCGAAGCAGGAAGAACUGCAGCGAAGUGUGUUCAUCAUCGAGCACUAUCUGUACAUCCUGUGGGCGCAUCUGGACUUUUUCAUGCUGCGCGUCCUGCCCGUAAACAAUCGCGUCGGAAGCUCUUCCUUUACCGGGCACAACUUCCAAUCCGACAAAACAGAUUCCAGCUGGCGGGUGUCGAAUGAGGACAUUAUCGCGCUGAAAAAGACGCUCAUCGGCGUGUUUAACGAAACGUUCUGCAAGCAGCUGAUCGAGAUGGAGCAGAAACAAUCGGAGAAGGGUUUUGUGGUGUCAUUUAUUAGACGAAUUAAACAAUCCAUUCAGUUUGUGCCAGUCAAGUGAGAACAGCCGGAUAAGCGGGAUCGCGUUGCACGCGUGCGGCGAAAUUUAACGAACGUACGGGAAUCAGUAUAGCGAGUAAGCUGACCUUAUGGAAUGAUGUUUUUUUCUUUAUUUCCCAACGUAGCUAUUGGUACGGAUCGAGCGCCACAGUUAGCGAAGGUUUAAUUGUACUAUAAGUAAAUAAAAUGUUCAGAUAAUGAGAGAAA